AGCUCACCCACCAUUAACUCAAUGACCAUAUUUACAUGGUUUAGACCCUCACCAAAAGCGCAAUUCGAUCCACCAUGAAGCUCGAUCCUGCUGUCAUCAAGCUCCUCGAUCUCGAUCCCGAAACCACUUCAGUUUCCUCAUCUGGAGGCGGGGGUUGUAGCUCAGCGUCGACAUCGAAGAUAACCUCGAAGCUUAGUGACGGGACGGAGAGAUGCUUCUUCAUGAAGACGGGGAGGGGUAAGGAUGCUGAAGUCAUGUUCGAAGGCGAACAUGUCUCCCUCAACGCCCUCCAUGACGCCGUACCCUCGCUAUGCCCGCAGCCCUUUGGCUACGGCCAUUUCUCCUCCCAGCCGUCGACUUUCUUUCUUGUCACCGACUUCCUAAACCUCACAUCCCGCUACAUCUCAAAGUCCUCCGGACCGUCCUUGGCCUCGAAACUUGCUACACUCCAUACCACACCAGCGCCAAUACCAGAGGGGUAUGAUAUACCAAUGUUUGGCUUUCCGGUGACUACGUGCUGUGGGGAUACGCCUCAGGAAAAUGACUACAACAGCUCCUGGGCAGAUUUUUAUGCAAACCACAGGUUGCGAUUUAUUGUCCGGCGCGCGGAAAAGUUGAAUGGCAAAGACGAGGAAUUGAACAAUCUUGUAGAGACAACGGCAUCAAAGGUUGUGCCACGUCUUAUUGGCGACGGUCAUCUUAAUAAUGGAAAUGGGGUGACACCAGUGGUAGUUCACGGUGAUCUGUGGAGCGGAAAUGCUAGCGUAGGCGUCAUUGGCACAAAAGGUGGAAAUGCAGAAGAAGUUGUGUAUGAUCCGAGCUCUUGCUAUGCACACAGCGAGUUUGAAUUGGGGAUUAUGAAGAUGUUUGGAGGGUUUGGGGGCGGCUUUCUAAAAGAAUACCACCAGCUUUGUCCAAAGACGGACCCUGUGGAAGAGUAUGAGGAUCGCGUGAAAUUGUAUGAGUUAUACCACCAUCUAAACCAUUAUGCAUUGUUUGGGGGAGGGUAUAGGUCAGGCUCCGUCGGCAUCAUGAAGAGCUUAAUUAGAAAGUACGGCGGGGCCUGAUCUGUUUUGUUUAAAAUAAUUGUGUGCAGCUAGAAGAACAACCCACCGCAUACCACAUCUUCAACCCUACAUUAUCCACGCAAUACGCAAGCAGGGCGUUGCAUAACGCACCUGAGAGGAUGAGUGGAGGGACAAAU